GAUCCUCCCCAAACCUGAAAGCUCGACGAUAGCACAUCCUUUCUGGAAAUCUCGAAAGAACUCCGCGACUUCAGCGCCUCCUCCAUCAAAGCUCGAUGCCUCGACGACGCCAUUCCAGUCGGAGACUCCAGUCCGUGAGUUGAAGUUUGCUUGUCACUCACUUCCCCGCUUGAAGCACCUGAACUCCCGCUCUCUACCGAGGUCCCAUUGUUAAAAAUAGUGGCUUCGCAUUGUCCUCUUGCACGAGGAAAAGGAGCGUACUCCACUGCUCUUUUAAGGACCCGAAGUUAUGGAUCAGUUGAGUCUGCAGAGUAAGAGCAAGAAGAGGAAAGUCGUUGCUAUAACUUUCUUUAUUCAAAUGUGUACUAUAUUUAGGAGUCUGAUGGGAAUAUUGUUAGAAUUAGCUGCUCUAUAUGGUCCUAAGCCAAGCAUUAGGUCGUACGAGUUAAACUAUUAUGGCAGUAGGGAUUAUAUUAGGAGGCUUGUAUAUGCGGAUGGUGUGACUUGUACUGAACAACUAAGGAUGGAUAUGAAUGCUUUUUUUAAGUUGUGUCAUAUGCUUAAAGAAAUUGGGGGUCUGAAAAAUACAAAAAAUAUGCAUGUUGAUGAACAAGUGGCAAUGUUUUUAUAUGUUUUGGCUCAUCAUUUCAAGAAUCGAGUCAUUAAACACCAGUUUGGUAGAUCGGGUGAAACCGUAAGCCGAUAUUUCCACAAUGUUCUCAAAGUAACUUUGCAUCUACAAGCUCAUUUAUAUAAGAAACCCCAACCAAUAGUUGCUAACUCAGAGGACCAACGUUGGAAGUGGUUUAAGAAUUGUUUAGGUGCUCUAGAUGGGACGUAUAUCAAAAUCAGAGUGCCCGAGGUUGAUAGACCUAGAUACAAAACUCGGAAAGGUGAUAUAGCAACCAAUGUGUUAGGAGUUUGUACACCAGAUAUGCAAUUCGCAUAUGUUCUUCCUGGAUGGGAGGGUUCUGCAGCUGAUGGGAGAGUAUUACGAGAUGCUCUUUCUAGGGAACAUGGACUUAGGGUGCCAACUGAUGAGUAAGAGUAGCAAAAGGAAAUGGAUUAUGGCUGAGGAUGCAGCGCUCAUAUCUUGCAUGAUUGACUUACGGAAUAUGGGCAGUCAUAAUGCCGACACAGGGUUUAAGUCUGGCUACUUGCCAGAACUUGAGAAAAUGCUAUUCGAAAAGCUCCCGAAUAGCGGUAUCAAGGCGAGGCCUCACAUUGAAUCUCGACUGAAGACACUGAAGAGGGAAUGGGCUAUCGUGUAUGAUAUGAUGCUUAACACAUCUGGCUUUGGAUGGGAUUCAACACGGAAGAUGGUCACAGCGGAAGACGAUGUUUGGGAGGCUUAUGUUGCGAGUCACAAAGAAGCCGCUCCAUUUAGACAGAGAAGUUUUCCUCAUUUCGAAGAAUUAUCUAUGAUAUAUGCAAAGGAUCGAGCUACUGGAAAAGAUGUUCAAUCUGUUAAAGAUAUUCUACAAGAGCUUGAUAUUGAAGAUUUGACUGCAACAGCCGAAGAAGCGGAUGCGAAUCAUUCAAAUCCAAAUGAAUCUGGCAAUGCAAAUACCCCUACAUCAGGAGAUGUUUCCCGUGCUCAUCAGCCACCUACAGAUGCAACGGGAAGUGCUUCUGCAGGUAAAAAAAGGAAAAAGAGUGAAGCUGAUUUCUCCACAAUUUCUCAUGAUGUGAAUACAAUGGCCUCCGACAUGAAAGAGGCUUGCAUUAUGCUCUCGAAGAGUGUCCACUCGGACGUCCUUCAAGAGAAGUUCCUUGAACUUCCGGGAGCUCUUCGUAGUGUGGAGGGCCUUACUUCAGCACAAGUUCGCAUGGCAAUUCAAAAGUUCGGAAUGCAUCCGAAUUAUAUCCUGUUUUUUUUUGUACUGAACCAGAACACAGCUUGGAAAUGGUUCAGGAUUUCAUUGCAAAUCACUGAAGCGGGACAACUAGGUAUAUUUCUUCGUCAAAGCUUUUUGGGACCUUGCUGAUAUGAUGAAAAAGCAGGUUGUGCUAAUGUUGAAGUAGUAGUUUGAAAAUAGUAUUUCUGGGACCUUUCAGUAGUUUGGACUUCUAUUAUUGCAAAUUUGUAUUUGUGUUUGGACUUUCAGUAGUUUGGACUUCAAUUAUUCAGUUUGAAAGUAGUAGCUUGUGUUUUCGGAUGAAUGUUGUAUCAAGAAAUGUGUAACAUUCCUUAUGUUUGUUGUUAUUA